UUCACGAGGUGUUUUGAGAUUCUUGAGGAGAUGGAAGAUAAUGGAUUGAAGCCUAAUGUUAUUACAUAUGGUUCGCUAAUCAAUUCUUUGUGCAAGGAUGGUAGGCUUCUUGAAGCUGAUGUAGUCCUAAAUGAUAUGAUCAGUAGAGGGGUUAAACCAAAUGCACAGGUCUAUAAUAUGCUUAUAGAUGGACAUUGUAAGAGAGGAACUAUGAGUAAUGCUUUUGUAUGUUUCGAGAAGAUGGUAGAAAGUGAUAUAGAAACAACACUGGUUACAUACAACACUCUAUUAAAUGGGCUUUGCAAAAAGGGUAUGAUCAAAGAAGCCGAGGAUUUGGUUGUGCAUAUUUUACUCAAAGGUUUAAAUCCAGAUGUUAUCAUGUACAAUUCUUUGUUGUCUGCAUAUUCAGAUGCAGGGGACACUGGAAAGUGUUUCCAAAUGUAUGAGAAGAUGAAAACCUCUGGCAUAAAACCUACAAUGAACACAAUUCAUCCUCUAAUUAGAGUGUGCAAAAAGGAAAAGAGUGAACUGGUGCUGAUCGACAAAAUUGUUCAAGAAAUGGCCGAUAUGGAUCUUUCUCCCGACCGAGUGGUAUAUAACGAGCUGAUCCAUUGCUAUGCGCUGCAUGGAGAGGUUCAAAAGGCAGUUGCCAUGCACAUAGAGAUGGUGGAACGAGGAAUUCCUUCUGACAAGAAGACGUACAAUAGCUUGGUUAUGGUGCAUUUGAAAGAGGGAGAAUGUGAAGAAGCAAAGAAUAUUAUUGAUCAGAUGAAGGCUAACAAUAUUGUUCCCAAUGAUGAAACUUAUAAUAUUCUGAUAGAAGGGCAUUGCAAACUUAAAGAUUUUCUUGGCGCAUACAUGUGGUACAGAGAGAUGCUUGACAAUGGUCUUCUCCCGGUAGCCAAUAUCUGUAAUGAGCUAGUAUCUGGCCUUAGAGAGGAAGGAAGAUUGCAAGAGGCACAAAUUAUAUGCUCAGAAAUGAGUUCUAAAGGAAUUGAAGAGUGCAAUACAAAUGAGGAUCUUUCUGCUGUUGGGAGAGCGUAGGACAAAAAAGACAUUGUUCUCCAGCUCUUCAGUUAAAAACGUCGGCAGCAAAUGAAAAGCUUGUAAUAUAUUCAAGAAUCUGUGUAUUCUUGUAAUUUAUUUCCUCAUUGAUACUCAUUAACAUAUGUAUUCUCGAUACUGGAUGAGAUGAAUUUCAUAGUUGUAUAAGUUAUUCAUGUCAAAUUCAACCUUAUCAUUGUCUUUUCUGAGAUAUCUCUAUUUUUGGCUCCCA